AUGGCAAGAAGUAUACUCAAAGACAAUACAGCACCACUACCGAGCACAUCGCGUCGAGUUUCAUUUGCACCUGAAGUAACCCUACAUCAAAUUGAAGUAAUAAACCCAAACAAACGAAGGAAAACAGAUGGUGGGGCCAGCGGAUAUACUUCGCUCUCAUCAGAGUCUGAUUUUGAAGUCGUUCAUUAUCUGUCGCAACAAGAAUUAAUGAAGGAGGAUAACGACCAUUUGAUGAAUUUGUCACCAGUUGGAAUUCGUAAUCAAGAUGUUCAAGGUGAUGAGUUUAAUGAUAGUUCUGAUGAUGGGAAUAAACCAUUGACCGAUAGUUCGGAUGAAGAAAGUAGGGAUGGUGGUGAAGUGACACGACCAGAAUUGUCUAGUGCUCAUAAACGUGCAAUUGAAGUGGUCAAAAAUGUAGAUGGAAGAGAAGAAACUGAAAUGAGUAUGGAAUUGACAGUUAAGGGUAGUGGUACUUCACUUGAAAAAGAAAAGAACGGUGAGUCCGUGCCCAAUGCACCACUAAUAUAUGCGUCAGAUGAAGAUGCGGACUAUUCGAGUAAUGAUGAAGAAGUGGUCAAUUCUUUCAACACUGAGGAUGAUGGUGAAGAAGAAGAUAUGCAGCUAACUGGAAUGGUUCAAAAAUUUCACAGUCAUCAACCAGUUGGUUCCGUUGAUGAACCAGAGGAUAUGCAAUUGACUGAGCCUAUUACCGCAACUUCGCGACGAUACAGACAACCAAGUGCGGGUUCAGAUGAUGAUGGUGGUGAUGAUACUAUAAAUUUGACAAUUCUAAUGUCAAAAGUGGAUGAGGCACGUACCAGGAAUCAGAUUGGAAAUGGAGAAGAUGUUCAACAAGGUGGUGGAGAGGGGAGAGUUUUAGAUCAUGAUCAAAAAAUUGGCGAGGAGGUGGAUGAUGCUUCAAAUAUGGAAUUAACUGAGAGAGUUAGUCGAAUUGUAUCUCAUGUUCCCAUUUUGAAACCAAAUCUUGAAGCGUUACCAGAUGUUGGUGAUGAUGAGGAAGACGAGGAGAUAUCUGUAACAAAGGAUGACGGAGAUGUAAAUACACCAGUAGGUGAAACAGAAAUGCAGGAACUAGUAGAUAUGGAAGUUACUGAACCAGUGAGAAGUGAGGCUGCAUAUCACGAGCAGGAGAAGCUGAUUAAUGAAACUAGUACCACUGAAACUCAAGAGAUGGAAUUAACUCAGCCUAUUCAAAAUCCCUCUAGAGAGCUGCAACUAGGAGCAGUUGAUGAUCAAAUGCUGCAAAAUCAAGAUAUGGAAUUGACGCAGCCAGUAAAAGGCUUGGUAAACAAGCCUCAACCAAGUACAUCAAUUGAAGAAAACAUCCAGGAAAAGACUUUGGGUUUGGGUAGCUCAUUGUCAAAAAUAACUGGCGAGAGUGAUGUAGCACAUGGACAAAGUGUUGUCAGUAUGGAUUUUACUAAGCGACAGGUGCCCUUGACUGAUUCACAGCAAUCUAUGGAGCUCACGCAAACAAGAACAAUAAUAUCGCGACAUAAACAUGGAUUACUGCCGGUGAACGGGAUUGUAACAGCGUCAAACUCCAAAAGACAUGAACAACAGACUACUACAAAGACAUCACUACCAAAUAUUGCCAAUGAGCCACUGCAAGAAGUUAGUAAUGGCAAAGAGGAAGAACGACUCAUGGUGAACGAAACAAGUGAAGGUAUUGUGGAUAGAUUUGCGAACUACGAACCAGUUCCCUUAUCCCAAUUUCUUGAUGAUGUUAACCUCAAGUUCUACACCGAUAUUGAUUCCAUAAACAGAUCACUGAUUGGAAUGGAUUCAGCUGAAUCCACCACUCAUCAACCACCUUCAAUAUAUGAUUUGAUCCUGGCGAUUCCCUAUAAGGAAAUACAUGCAUUGAGUGGCUUUAUCGUGAAGGAGUUACAAAAUUAUAUCAGGGACGGUGAACAAGUGUUUCAAGAAUUUAGUGCUCAAAUUGGUAAUGACAAUCUUCCUAUAAUGAAGGAAUUUUAUACAACGAAAGACGAUAGAGAACGUGAUGCUAUGAUCAUAUCUUUGAAUAAUAUCAAAAUCCUGGCUAAAUUGGAAAGUAAGUCAACUUGGUACAAAUGGAGGUCAACAUUGACCCGAAACGUGAUUGAUGAAAUGGAUAAACAACUUGAUUUAUUGAAGCAAUGUCAAAAGGAUUUGGAUGACUAUUUACGAAUACUAGACAAGCAUGCUGCUCGGGCUAAUGAAUACAAGAAGGAGUUGAUUACCAAGUUGCAACGAUUACGCAACGCGAAACAAACAAUGGGUAGUUUGUCACAAGAACAAGUCAAUGGUAUGCGAUAUGCAUUCAGUCAACUGAAAUCUGAAUUAAAAGAUCUUGCGGAAAAGGUUGAUCAAGCAAAGAACAAGUUAGUGCAACUAGAUCAAUCAUUAGUUGAAUUGAGUGUCCAGAAACGUGAUUUGCUCAAGCAGGUGAAUGAUGUUGAAUUUGAUUUGGAAAAACGCAAACCCUACACCAGGGAGGAAAAAAUUGGAAUCAAAAAGAAGUACGAACAAUUGACUGGUUUAACUCGAUUGAAAUAUGCACGUACUGAAGGUACUUCAAAUAUGGUGUUUGUGUACGAAGGUAUGGUUACAAUCAAAAUUGAUUUCGUGAAACAUUCUUUUCAAGUUGGAGAAAUACAAUCGAAUGAGUUCGAUUUCAAAGAAUUGAUCAAUCACGUUUACAGAUUUCCUAUAUCAAAACACGGAGAACAAAAGGUAAAUCCACUUGUUGAAUGGGGGAGGUUCAAGUCCUAUUGGCGAAAACUAGUCCAAUUUGAUAAAGUAUUGGAUUUCAUUAGGUUCCAAUGGCCUGUUCGAUUGAUUUCAGGAAAAGAAGAUAAUGAUGUGAUCAGAUUUCAAUUUGAUUAUUUUGAUUUUGGUAAACGAAAGAAGUACAUUGUUGAAGGAUCACUCGCAGUUGCAUCUUUACUUGAAUUUGAAUCAAGUAUUGUCUUUACUGUUAAACCAGCUAGGAAAUUUAAUCUAGAUGAUAAAGAAGUCAAUGAAACACUUAUAAAGCUUGGUGAUGGUAUCGAUUUACCUCAAUGUUCAUACAGUUUUGUCUCAAAUAUAUAG